CAAAUGGACAUGGAGCAACUCGGAAGGAAACCCAAAUGAGAGUUGGUUAACUUUGUAAACACUAGUUGGUAAUGUAGGGUACGUGGGGUAGCACACUUUGCGGAAACACUGCAGAAUUCUGCCGGCUGUCGACAUCAUGAUGCUGUGAGUGCUGCUGAGAACAUUGUGCUGGUUACCAUGUCGAUGUUCAGCACUGGCAUACUAGUCCUCACAUCCCCCCUGCACACCCUCCCCUUGCGCAUCGCGCCAGUCCUGAGUUCUGCCGCCCAGGUGGUAGAGCGUACCCUCUAUGUGCAUCUCCACCCAGACCUGAACCUGGGUGUCUCCAGCCAGGCUCGGCCUGUGUACAUCCCCCCCGUGGUGGACCUCUCCAGUCUCAUAUCCCGCCUCUACAGCAAUGCCGCAGACAUCUGCGGCCACCUGGACGUCCGGGUGCUGCUGACGAACGUGCGCGCCCAGCCCACCAACGUGGCCGGCCUGGGCUCAAAUGGAGGGGCAAACCCUUUCCCCUCGCCACAGUCCCUCUCCCACUCCCCGGAGGUGGUGCUGACAGACUACGCCCUGCAGGACCCCGGCCAGUCAACCCUGGUGGCCCAGUGCCUGCAGAGGUACACCGGCCACUGCUACGUGUGCAGCCCCGGCCUCAACUCCGUGCUGCUGCACCCACGGCUGCAGGUCCUGGAGAGCAGCGAGGGAGAGGAGAGCGGAGGAGAGGUGACCAAGGACACUGAGGAGGAGAAGGAGAAGAGUAGGGUCCAGUCGGAGCCCAUAGAAACGUACAGCGAUGUGGUGCUCGGAGGAACGUUCGACCGCCUUCACAUCGCCCACAAGACCCUGUUGAACGCCUCAUGCCUCCUCGCCAACAAGCGCUUCCUCAUUGGCGUGUCGGAUAAAGAGUUACUAAAGAAUAAGGUGUUAAAGGAGUUGAUCGAGCCGUACCCUCAGCGCGUGCAGAGGCUGGAGGAGUUCCUGAGGGAUGUCAAGCCCUCGCUGCAGUACGAGAUCGUGCCGCUCUUUGACCCCUUCGGCCCCUCCAUCACAGACCCCCAGCUGCAGUGCAUCGUGGUCAGCGAGGAGACACGGAGGGGGGGCGAAGCCGUGAACAAAAGGAGGCUGGAAAAUGGCCUUCCUGAGCUGGUGCUGUACGAGAUCCAGCUGAUUAAGGACGCCCAUCACACAGAGAUCGAGGAGGAGAAGAUCAGCUCGUCCAGUCUGCGCUCGCGACUGCUGGGCACCCUGCUCAGCCCACCCAAGCCUCGGUCGGACGUCCCCCUCAUCCCGUACGUGAUUGGCCUUACGGGGGGCAGCGGGAGUGGGAAGAGUUCCAUCGCACGCCGCCUGGAGACCCUGGGAGCAGCCCGCAUUGACAGUGACCAGCUGGGCCACGAGACGUACCUGCCCGGGGCCGUCGCCUACCAAAAGGUGGUGCAGGAGUUUGGGACAGAUAUACUGAAUGAGGAUAAGACUAUAAACAGACGGAUGUUGGGCAGGAAGGUGUUUGGAAACCCGGAAAGGUUAAAAGCUUUGACUGAUAUAGUAUGGCCAGAAAUUGCAUUGCUGGUUAAGAAACGGAUACAACAGGCCAAAGAAGAAGGCAAACGCGUGUGUGUAGUGGAUGCAGCAGUGCUGCUGGAAGCUGGUUGGGAGACUCUGGUGCAUGAAGUCUGGGUCGCCACCAUUCCAGAGGAAGAGGCGGUGCGGCGAAUUGUGGAGCGAGAUGGGGUGAGCGAGGAGGAUGCUGUGCGGAGGCUGCAGUCUCAGUGGUCCAGCGCUAAGCAGGUGCAGCAUGCCAACGUGGUGCUGUGCACCCUGUGGGAGCCUCACCAGACUCAGAAGCAGGUACAGAAAGCUUGGAACCUGCUGCAGCAACGAAUCAACCAGAGACUGCAGGAGGCAGGCCUGUCCUCAUAAGAGAGGGAGGAGGAUGGGAUGCGUCCCUUUUACAGUAAUGUCCAGCUGCUGUCAACUAGAUCCAUAAAACUAGAUGCAUAAGUGCACACACACACACACACACACACACACACACACACACACACACACACUUUGGAAUGCUGGAAAAACCCCACACCAACUGGUCAAGAAACACAGGUGGAUCCCAAAAGUGUGUGCACAGACACUUGAUUUUAACCACAGCCAAAUCUGAUAUGAUAUGUGAUAACAUUGGAAACAGCCUCUCAUAGAGCGCAAGAUGAACACAGGAGGGAGCCCUGGGGAACACAGUGGACAUCUCACCCAAUGUCGACAUCAUCUUUAAACCAUUACCAGGGACGAGGGCUCAUCUACUCCUAAACAAACCACACCAGUGCACACAGAACAGGCAGUUUAUAAUCCUGACUGAGGUUUUUCACAUGAGGAAAAAAAAACUAAUCAGAAUGCUCCAUGUUUUAUACAGAUAGAGUCGAUACUUUCCUGCUCUAACCAAUUUUUAAACUGUGUUCAUGUUUAUUUCAAGUGUAUAUACCCCAUACUGUUCCUUCGCAUUGAGGUUAAUCUGUGAAACACUGUGGUUUUUUGUAUAGCUUGCUAUAGACUAUGGACAAUAUUCCAAUAACCCAUGAAGCAAAAUGGACUGCAAUAGUGUGUCAAUGAGCCACAUUUGACAUGACCGCUCAUCUGUUCAUAAAAGCGGUUCAGGUUUGAAAACCUACUACUUUCGUUAGGGCGCAGCAGUGCUGCCUCGUCAUAUCUGCACCUCUAAGUGGCUCAGCUUAUGUGAAUCAGGAUCAUGUUUUAAAUUGUUUAGUAUCUGUUAACUACAAUGCCUGGAAGAUUAGUCUUUUAAAAUAGAAUUAGGAUAACCACCUUGACAUUUCCAUGUGCAUUGAUCAAUACGUUUGAGUUGUAAGCGCUCCGUUGUGCUAUUGCAUCUCUGGAGGUUUGUGAUUUGACAAAAUUUGUCGAGAGAAUGGGUGUACACUAAGUGUGACCUGUUACGCAACACUAGCAAGAGGGGCCUUAAAAAUGAUGGACUUGGUUCUUUCCAUAUCAGAAUGCUGUUACAGAUGCUUGCAAAAUUACAUGUGUAAAUGUGCCUACUGUACAGACUAGGUUUAAACAAGACCCAGUCAGCUAUCUCUGUCUUUUUUUCUCAAAGACUGGCAUGGUAGAGAGAGAGUGUAAAACCUAAACAAAGAAAAAAAAUAUUGUUCAGAAGUUUUUUUAGUCCUGAUUUUAUUUUUUAAAACUGUUCACUGACAAGGCUGGUGAGAUUUCCAAAUAAGCAAUGUCAGUUUUUUUUUUCCAGAAUAUUUUAAUAAUCUAUGUGUAAAUCUUUGAGAUUAAUGCACUAGUUGAACAAGGAUUAUUUGAAGAAUGGUACAUGGUAGAGAACUUCCGUUAUAAAGUAAGAAAGCUCUAUUAAACUGAAUACGAAAA